UCUUAACUGAUCACAUAUCUCCUCUGUUUCAUAGUUAAAAGGCUGGCUAGCCUAACUUUCCUUGCUCUUACCAAGUGUCCAACGAUGGGUUUCUCAAGAAAGUGUUUCUCAUGCACUUCUCUUCUUCUUCUUCUUCUUCUUCAUCUUCUUGUUACUCUUUUCUCUGUUUGUCAUGGUCAACUUGUGCCUGGUUUUUUCAUCUUUGGUGAUUCUGUUGUUGAUGUUGGUAACAACAAUAACCUUUACACUCUAGUCAAAGCUAACUUCCCUCCUUAUGGAAGAGAUUACACUUCUCACUCCCCAACCGGAAGGUUUUGCAACGGAAAGCUGGCCACUGACUUCACUGCUGAAAACCUUGGUUUCACUUCAUACCCACCUGCUUAUCUUAGUGCUGAAGCCAAAGGAAAACAUCUUUUGAAAGGAGCCAACUUUGCUUCUGGUGCUUCUGGUUAUUUUGAUGGAACUGCACAAUUAUAUCGUGCAAUUUCAUUGACACAACAGUUACAGUAUUACAAGGAGUAUCAAGGAAAAUUGGUAAAGAUUGCAGGGCAAGCUAAAACCACUUCAAUAAUCUCUGGUUCAAUCUACUUGAUAAGUGCUGGUAGUAGUGACUUUGUUCAGAACUACUACAUCAAUCCGGCUCUGUACCAAACUUAUACACCUGAUCAGUUCUCAGCUGAACUCCAAAAAAAUGUUUAUACCUUUAUUCAGAAUCUAUAUGCAUUAGGAGCAAGGAGAAUUGGAGUAACAUCAUUACCACCGAUUGGAUGUUUGCCAGCAGCAAUUACUUUGUUUGGUUCCGGGAAUAAUCAGUGUGUGGAUAGGAUGAACCAAGAUGCAGUUUCAUUCAAUAGCAAGCUCAAGAACACUGUUGAUGGUCUGCAAAAGAAGUUUUCUGGCCUUAAAAUGGUCACCUUUGAUAUCUACCAACCUCUUCUUGAUCUCGUCAGCAAACCAUCCGAGCAUGGGUUUUUCGAGACGAGGAAAGCAUGUUGUGGGACAGGAACGAUCGAGACGUCACUGUUAUGCAACGCAAGGACUGCUGGAACUUGUUCGAAUGCUACUGGGUAUGUGUUUUGGGAUGGAUUUCAUCCAUCAGAAGCUGCAAACAAGAUCUUAGCUGAUGAUCUUCUUACUCAAGGGAUCGACCUUAUCGGCUAAACUAUCGACUGAUUACACUCUGCUCUACUUAAUCAGUUGUAUUAUCUUUUAAAUACGUUUACAAAUGGAUGUUUAAGCGUAGAUAAGUCUUAUUUUUAUUUUAAAUUGCUGGUUGUAGUUGUAGCUUGGCAGUUAAACUGAGCAAGUUGUUGAAUGGGGUUCUAUUAGGA